AUGGUGUCUGUCAGCAGCCGAACGCUGAUUUUGGAGAAUGACUUGUUUAAGGACAGUGGCAGCCUGUUAUCCCUGGGCCUGGGAGAGGAAGCAGGCAGCAGUUCAGCCUCCUGUUAUAGCUCAGAAGCUGGAGAGCUGGGAGCUAUGCUCAGCUCUAGCCCUGAAGAGGAGGAGGAGGAUGAGGAGGAGGAUGGCAUAGAUGAAGGGGCUCAUCUGCGGAUUUUUCUAGGACCAGAGAGAGAAGAGGAAAUCAGCGAUACUUGCCAUGACCCCAGGCUGCCAGAAUUCCCUCUCCAACUGCCCUCCCCAUUCUCCCCGACCCUGGAGGACAUAGAGGAGUUCCUGAGGGAAAAGAUGGAACCUGUCAGAGAGGGGCUCAUGGCAUCUAAAGGCGAAGCCUCUUCCUCCCCCUGCAACUCCACUGAGCCUCCAUCCUCCUCUGAACCCUCUUCUGCCUCACCUGUGACACAGAGUGACCCUGGGUCCACUGCCUCCCACUGUCCCAGCCCUACUGACCUGUCCACUUCUCCCCCGAUAACAUCUUCACCCAUCUCAUCAGCCCCUACGUCAACCACCUCAGCCCCGCCAGUACUUUUGGGGGCUCCAUUAGUUUUCAAGCUGCAGUCACUGCCUCUAGCUCAGCCCCAAACACAAACAGUGUCUACUCCUGGGGGCCCCAGUGGCAUUCAACUUACACAUCUAGUCGUGGGGCUCCAGGGUACCACAGGGCAAAAUUUCACCCUGCUGGCCCCACAGGUGCCUUCUGUCCCUGCCACUAUUGUGUCUCAUAACAGCGGCAAUGCAGGUGGAGCUGACCAGAAGUAUGUGAAAAUUGCCCCUCUCCCUAUCACAAUGAGGACUUUGGAGAUUACAGGGAUAACAGGGGUUAAGUGCCAAGGCAGUGGCCUGUUGAAGGCAGUGGCCCCCCGGGUGUCCAGAGCACCAGCUACAGAGACUCUGAGGGUCCAUAAAUGUUCCCACCCAGGCUGUGAGAAGAUGUACACCAAAAGCAGCCACCUGAAAGCCCACUUCCGUCGGCAUACAGGAGAGAAACCCUAUACCUGUAGUUGGCCUGAUUGCGGCUGGAGGUUCAGUCGGUCAGAUGAACUGUCGCGUCACCGACGCUCUCACUCUGGAAUCAAGCCAUAUGAGUGCUCACUGUGUGACAAGAAGUUUGCCCGCAGCGACCAUUUAUCUAAACACACUAAAGUGCACCGCAGUUCAAGGCCCAGCAGGAUCAUCAGAGCUACAGUGUGACACUUUGACCAGGCUCAAACCCCAAGCUCAGCUUAGCCCUGCUUUAGUAAAGCCAAGUUACUCAUGGACUCCCUCAGGGCUUUGGUUCCCCGUGAGCAGAGCUCACAAAUGAAUCUCGAGAGCUGGCUGUUGUUUCUCUUGCACCUUUGAUGCUCCCUAUUAUUUUUGUGCCGUUUGCUCUCAUAUCUUUUGUUGGUCAA